AUGGAAGAAUGCAGGAGGCAUCGUAGAAGGAACCAUCGAGUUGUUCUGUUGAAUAGAAUAGAGGAUGAGAUUGAGAAGUAUAAAGAAACUUGGGGUUUAGAAGAAGAUAUUUCAUUAUGGAUGGAUGGUAAAGGGAAAUUUAAACGAGUUUUUUCAUCAAGGGAGACUUGGGAGAUUAUUAGAGAGAGGCAUGCUCCCUGUAGUUGGAGUACAGUGGUGUGGUUCAAGCAUGCCACACCUAAAUUUUCUUUCAUCUUAUGGAUGGCAAUGCAUGACAGGCUUUCAACGGGGGAUCACAUGAGGUUUUGGAAUGAGAAUGUGGAUACUUCUUGCGUUCUAUGUCAGGAUCCGAUUGAAACAAAGGAGCACUUAUUCUUUGAAUGUUCUUUCUCCACUCUGAUAUGGCAGAAGCUGAUGGAGAGACUUUUGGGUAAUGAGUUUACAGUGAAAUGGGAGGAGCUGAUUGUGCUCUGUACAAGGGCAGUGAGGACGGAAAUACAGAGAUUUAUAGUCAAGUAUGCUUUGCAACUAACUGCAUAUAGCAUAUGGAGGGAAAGAAACAAAAUGAGGCAUGGAGAAACUGCUCUAUCUCAUGAUUUGUUGACUACGAUGAUAGAGAAGGAUAUGAGGAAUAGGCUUUAUACAAUACAAAGGCAAGGUGAUUCAGAUUUGGAGGGGGGAUUGAGAUAUUGGUUCAGUACAAGAUAG